ACACGGACUAAAAUGAGAGACAACACAAUGGGCGUAAUCAACAUGCAGUAGCAGUAGCAGCAAUAGCACCAGUCAGGGCGGCACUGCGUGAGGGGGGGUUCAGCGCGUAAUAAAGGUUGACAGUUGUAUAAAGAAGAGGAGGAUCGUCACUAUAAACGGCGGUCCGAACGCAGACACAAAAGGAAAAGAGCCAAAUUGAUAGAAGUCUAUUUUGACCAAAUAUACACAAUCGUACCUUUCUCACUCCUUCAUCUCCUGAGAAAACCGCAAAAAAGACACACAAGGGCACUUUCCUAUAAAUACCGAUCAGAUCCCCCUCAAGACAUCUUUGGUUUCGCUUUCUUUUCAUCAUGAACUCAAGACCACCAAAACAAUCCAUGUCAGAGCUUAAACUUCGUCGAUUGACAGAACAUAAUCAAAGGUUACGUGAAGAUCUCGAACGUCCACGAGUUCGUGUAUCUGAAGCAAGUAUAGGACUAAUCCGGUAUUGCAAGAGCACUCGCGAUUAUCUCGUUCCAUCCGUUUGGGGACCUGUUGAUAAAAAGGAAGAUCCAUAUGCUCCUCAGAGCACAGGAUGCAAUUGUGCGGUCAUGUAAGACAAUACCCUUGAUGGUGUUCUAGUCCGGAUCCGCUUUCCCAGCCUGGCGCUUUUGAGAGAGGGAUCUGCCGCAAGACAAAACACACAACCACGAUGCACAUACGCAUACACACACACACAAUCACACGAUACCACAAGUCGCUUCUUCUCUACCCUUUAUGUCUUUAGGGUCUAAAGACGAGAUCAGUAUUCAUUCGUUUGAUUUCCAUUGAUCUCGAACCAAUGAGCGCAUCAUACAUGUACAGUGUUUCAGCUAAUAUCAUACAUUUUUCUCCUCCUCUCUUGU